UAUAAUACGGAAUUAGAGAUUUCAGGAAUUAGGACGCGUACACUUUUGAAGGAAUAAGCUAGGUGAUUAGCUAUAAGCAUGGAGAACCAACCUGAACUUGCCCCGAUCAGCAAUCUACAAUGGAAUUACUAUUCUGCCCCUACAUCACCAACUCCACCAGCAGUGAACCUAGCAUACAAUCAACCACUUACUGAAAAUCCCAAACAAUCAUACAAUCAACCAUUUACUGAGAGGGCGAAACAAUCAUACAAUGAACUAGUUACUGAAAGUACGGAACAGACAUACAAUCAAUCAGUUACUGAAAAUACUAAACAAUCAUACAAUAAACCGAUUAACCAGGAUAUAAAACAGUCAUACAAUGAACCAGAUUCCGAAAUUGUCAACCUGUCAUCCAAACGACCAUUUGCUGAAACAUAUAAUCCAUGUCCAACAAAAAAUCAUUCCGAUCAGAAAAUGACGAAGUCUUUGGAUAAUUACCCAUCUUUGCCAAAUGUCCAGAAUGCAGUGAACAAGUUUUGGUCAACAGCAUCAUUUCCCUCUAGUCGAACUGAGAACUUUAAUAAACAAGAUGCAACUCAAACUUCUGACAAUAUGACAGCACAAACCCAAUUGUUUCCGUCCCAGCCCAAUGAAUCGCAGGAAGAUAAUACUAGUAUGAAGAACACAGCCGAGAUCUAUCCAAUUUGGUCUUAUACCACUUUGAACCAUGAAGUCCCAAAAUCUUACACACACCUUGCCAAUGUUAAAGACGAUACUUUGGAAAAACAAAGAGAGACGAACAUACAUCGAUUGAAGAUGAACUCGUAUACAGAGAGUGCCACUAAUGCUGCUGAAAAUGAACGAAAUGAUAAUGCAACUGAUGACUGUGCAUCCAGACUGAAUUUCCAGAGUCCAUAUAUGGUCCCCGGUGUUGUUGAUCCAGUCGGUUUGUAUAGCCCAUCAAAAUACUCAAGCAGGUCGGUGGAUGAUAUGAUACGCUCCCAGCAGUACCAGCCGUACAACGCCAUGUCCCCCUGGCCCUACUCAUGGCUGGGCUCUGUGAACUAUGACACACUGCCACUACCUUUGGUGUCGCCCCACAAACCACUUGGCACUGGGCUGAAAAAAGAGACCGAGACUACGGCAACACGCUCUACUGCUCCACUUAGAAGUAUUAAGCCCCGAGAGAGACAUCGCACUGACAGUGGAGAGUCACUCUCUAAUAAACGGAAGCCAAGAACAUCAUUCACUGCCAAGCAGAAAGAAAUUCUCACCACCUAUUUCAACCGUAGGCAGUACCCUGACGCUUUGGAGAAGGAGGAAUUGUCUGAAAAAACGGGCCUGCCAUUUGGGAUCAUUACGGUUUGGUUUAAAAACCGACGAGCAAUACUAAGAAAACGGCAAAUGAAAGAAGACACGUUGAAAACCCCAGCAGGGCCAGGGAAUCCUAAUAUCAGAAAAGGCAGUGGUAUACUAUAUGACAAGAUUCUUCAUAUGAAGCACACAAGAUCAAUAUCCUCUGGAAGUGUUGAACUCCAGCGACCAUCUGAAGAAACAUAUGAAGAUGCAGCCAAAACUGAACAUGAAUUUGACAAACCAAUUGGCCCACCCAGUCCAUCCAUUCCAGAUAGUACUACAACAAAUGAGUUGCAGAGGUCCAAUCCGCCUCCCAAUGUUCAGUUAGUCUCUACUGCUUCCAAUCUUAAAAGAUUUGCACCUGAUGAUGACGCUACUUCAAAUCAAGACUGUCUCUCGAAAAACAGGUACCAAAAUAAAAGAUUGUGUCCUGACAUCAUCACAGCAGAUCCACAUAAUGACUGUGCUGAAGCUAACGAUACUUCUCCAUCGGGUACUGUUCCGUAUGAUCAUCUUUCUUCUUACUGCCAACCACCACUACCUGCAUUGGGACAGUCCACUUUCUUGGAGAAACAGGCUGGCUGCAUGGAAACUAACACCGGGGACUGUUACUCUUACCCACAAUUCUAUCAACACCAGAUGGCACUGUAUGGCUAUUGGAAUCACGUGACUGCAUCAAUGAACUCAUCGAGUGAAACACAAGGACAUCAUCAAACACAUACUGCAGGUUUUAAAAAGGCAAAGGAUCUAUGAAUAAUAAUGUAAAACAUGGAGUUGAGUCAAGAAUUUUAUUAAGACAACAUAUCUGUAUUGCAACUGAUUCCUAGUAUUGACAUUAAGAUGUGAACAUCGGACAGACGCAGAGAAACGUAACACCACUAGGUGUGAAGUCAUAUUUGCAUAAUCAAUAAAAAUCUGGUACCAAAAGCAAAUAGACUAGGCACAUUUCAUUUAUUGUUUUGGUUGUUAGAAAGUGCUAAUGUCUGUUGGUUUUAUUCCAGUAUGGAUUUUAGACAUACCUUUAUCUGCCAAUGAUUUUUAAGUUUAGUUGAACAUCCUUGGUGUUAUCCAAGUUCAUGUUUUAUGUCAUUGCACAUGUG